AUGAAGGACUCAAGAUGGAUGAUGGAAGGUGAGGCAAUACUUGGACUUAUAAAGCUCCGAAGACUAUCGGAUAAGAGUUACCUUGGUCUUUCGGGCUACAAGUACAAGACACGGGUUCAAGUCUAUGUUUUGAAGCAAGUCUUUGAAAUCACUCCCUAUCCCCCGCAUGAUACAAGGCAAAAUCUAGCUAUUUUACUGAACAUGUCUCCGAGAACAAUACAGAUAUGGUUCCAAAACUCCCGGUCGGUCUCCAAGGAUUUGAAGAAGGACAAUAGUAGCAAAGACCAAGAAUCACAAAGACCUUCAAGGAUCAAGAUAGUUAGUAACUGGAAUGUUCCUAUCAAGUACAUUUUGUGGCUGGUGUUGAGCUAUAUAUCAUAUCCCCAGAUAGGAAAUUAA